CAACAACAUAAAAAUUCCCGUAGUGAAAUAUUUGUGAUACUGACGCUACAAAUACUUACUUAAGGAUUCAUCCUUUACAUAAUGCAUGUAAAAUCAAUUCUGAAAAGGACGCAGAGCGGCUCAAAACCUGUAGAAUCAGAUCACGAAGAGACAAAGAAUGAGAGCUUGAAAUUGCCCGUCACCGCUGUAAUGACGAACUCAGACGAAAGGCCUGAAUUAAAUCGUUCACUUUCUACCGAAAGCAGUCGCAGGCUUCGCUGGGAUGAAGAAAACUUGCGCUUAGCUGAAGCACAGAAAAGUUCUACGAUGAAAAUUUCAGAGCCAAAAACCCCUUACCAACACACCUUAUUAUUAGAUGAAGAAGUCCCCGAGCUCAGCUUGGAUAAUUCUGACACCGAAUUGGCGGAUGAUCCCUUAUCUACACAGUUGCAGGUUCCUCCUAUUUCUCAAGAACAGGAAAAAUAUGCCUAUGGUGAUGUGAAUAAGGCUGCUGAGAAAAAACAAGAACCUUUUCCAGUUCCUAGGGCAGAUGGAUCUAUUCCUUCAGAGAAGAGGUCCUCUUCUGAUUACGCCCAAACUAGUUCUGAUACUUUCCAGACGGUCAACUUAACGCAUAAGAACACGACUCAGAAUGCAAGACGCUCCUCUCCUUAUUCUUCCGAAAAUUCUCCUUACACGAAUGAGCAGAUGAAUAGCUCGAAUCCCAAAGUGGUAGCUGUCCGUACCAGACAGAAUUCUCUGGAUAAGAAAUCCAAAGCUGGAACGCCUAGGAAGGAGGGCAUUGGAUUUGGCAUCCCGCCAGCUACGGAAUCGGCAUCGCUAUUACCAAAAUCAAUCAUAAUGGGGGAAGAAAAUGAAAGUAUGGACGAAGGAGAACCAUCUCCUUAUUCGAUUGAUCAAGGGCAGCAGAAAUCCAAGUUCGACGAGCUUCGCCGAAAGCAUUACUUCGCUAUGGCAAAACCACUCAAAAAGGAAAACAUUGAUAGUAAUGGACUAGAAAGUGAUAAUGAUGAUGACCCUGGUAGGGAAGAUAAAGCAGCUGCUGAAGAAUCAGAUGUCGAAAUGGCUGAAGAUUAAAUAGAAGACCCCCUGUUGACUGUGUCGAAAAUUUACCCUUUAUGGAAAAGGAACACUUUUAAUAUCAUAUAUGUGACUUUGCUAAAGUGUGUGAAAAAGAUACCAGCUAUGAGCUUAUGGAAAGGUAUCACUAUGUUUGACGAAGUUUUAUGAGACAAAGUAUACGUUUUUGUUGAUUGUUUUUAGCUUGAUACAAUAGACAAAGCAUUACUUAUGAUUAGUUACUGAUGGUUAUAUAUUUAUACAUAUAAUAUAUAAAUCCACAUGACACCCAAUCAUUGGUAACAAAGCAAACUAUAUUACUUUGAAUAAAAAAAAAGAUUCUUUUUUGUUUUCAAUUCUUUCCAACAGUCCUUGGG